AUGUUUUCCCGGCAGUUUAGUCGCAACUCGCGCCAGCUCGGCCAAAUUGCCCUAAGGGCAACCCGGCAGCGUCGAUGCUAUGCGACAGAGUCACAGCAAGCCCCUUCUAGCCCGCUACGCAAGGGCCUCUCGUUCGCUCUCUACGGUCUCACCUUUGCCGGUCUCGGCGCCGGCGGCGCAUGGCAAGCCCUCAAGAGCCAGGGCCUCGGAUUCUACUCGGACGAGGACAGCCUGCACAGGUUCGCACCGGGCGACGACGAGGCACGCAAGGCGGAGGAGGUGAUCCAGUCGCACCCGUUCGUCGCCGAGAUUCGCAAGCGGACGGACCUGAGCGAGUCGCGACCUCACAUGAAGAUGCCGGCCGAGUACAGGCGGCGCAGCCUGACGGGCGGCGCGCUGCUGGGCCCGCGCAUGAUCGUCGUGCCGCCCCUGACGUGGAACGACGCCGAGGGGAGGGAGAUGGUGGCCGUGGCGUACCUGGGCGAGGACGUCUGCGGGCACCCGGGCAUCGUGCACGGCGGGCUGGUGGCGACGAUCCUGGACGAGGGCUUGGCCAGGACGUGCAUCAAGGCGCUGCCGAACCAGGUGGCCGUCACGGCCAACCUGAACAUCAACUACCGCAAGCCCACGCCGGCGGGUUCGUUCUUCGUAAUGAAGGCGGAGACGACCAAGGUCGAGGGCCGCAAGGCCUGGGUCAAGGGUCGCAUUGAGACGCUGGUCGAACCGGGCCAGGAGCCCGUUGUUCUGGCUGAGGCCACGGCCUUGUUCGUGUCGCCCAAAUACGCUGCUAUGCUUCCCAAGAUGACGUAG